AGAGAUCGGUGAUCGAUUACAUCUGUGGGAAAAGAGUCAAGAUGGCGGACAAAACACCUGGCGGUGACCAGAAAGCCAGCGCAAAGGCACUGCUGGAGAGUAAGCUGAAGUCCUUCACCAUUGGCAAAAUGGCUGUUGCAAAAAGAACCCUCAGCAAGAAGGAGCAAGAGGAGAUUAAAAAGAAGGAGGAUGAGCGGGCUGCAGCCGAGAUCUAUGAGGAAUUCCUGGCUGCGUUUGAAGGUGGAGAGGGCAAAGUCAAAGCCUUCGUCAGAGGGGGCUUUGCCAAUGCAGCAAGAGAAGAGUCUGCUAAUGAUGACAGGAAAGGCAAGCUGUACAAACCCAAGUCUCGCUUUGAACCCAAAAGUGUGCCUUUGCCUUUGGAAACCCCUCCACAGUUUUUAGCAAUAGACAAAAGAAAUACCGCAAAGAAGACUGGUGAAAAGGAAAAGAAGAAAAGCAACCUGGAGCUCUUUAAAGAAGAACUUAAACGAAUCCAGGAAGAGCGAGAUGAGCGACACAAGAUGAAGGGACGCGUCAGCAGAUUUGAGCCCCUCUCCAGCGGUGAUGGAAGACGCUCCUCGGAUGGUUCUUCACGAAGAAACCGUCCGUCCAGUGUUCUGGAUGAUUCCGCACCAGGCUCACACGAUGUUGGCGACCCCUCUACCACAAACUUGUAUCUGGGAAACAUAAACCCACAGAUGAAUGAAGAGAUGCUUUGUCAGGAGUUUGGUCGCUAUGGUCCUUUGGCCAGUGUGAAGAUCAUGUGGCCCAGGACGGAUGAGGAACGGGCCAGAGAGCGAAACUGUGGAUUCGUGGCUUUCAUGACCAGGAGAGAUGCAGAACGAGCGCUGAAACAUUUAAAUGGAAAGAUGAUCAUGAAUUUUGAGAUGAAGCUGGGAUGGGGUAAAGGCGUCCCGAUCCCACCCCACCCCAUAUACAUUCCACCCUCCAUGAUGGAGCACACGCUCCCACCGCCCCCCUCUGGCCUGCCCUUCAACGCCCAGCCCCGCGAGAGGUUGAAGAACCCCAACGCCGCCCUGCUACCCCCUCCCAAAAACAAGGAGGAGUUCGAUAAGACUCUGUCGCAAGCCAUAGUCAAAGUGGUUAUCCCAACAGAAAGGAAUUUGCUCUCUCUGAUCCACCGAAUGAUCGAGUUUGUGGUGCGUGAGGGCCCCAUGUUUGAAGCCAUGAUCAUGAACCGAGAGAUCAACAACCCAAUGUACAGGUUUCUGUUUGAGAAUCAGAGCCCGGCUCAUGUGUACUACCGAUGGAAGCUAUACACCAUUCUACAGGGAGAUUCUCCAACAAAGUGGCGCACGGAAGACUUCCGCAUGUUUAAGAACGGGUCUUUGUGGAGGCCGCCUCCUCUGAACCCCUACCUGCACGGAACGUUUGACGACGACGAAGAUGACGAAGAGGAAGAAGAGGCUGGCAAAAAAGGCUGCUUGAAAGAAGAGGAAAGAGACAAACUGGAGGAGAUCCUGCGCGGCCUGACUCCCAGGAAGAGUGACAUAGCAGAUGCCAUGCUGUUCUGCCUGAGUCGCGCAGAAGCCGCCGAGGAGAUCGUGGAGUGCAUCACCGAGUCUCUGUCCAUACUGAAGACUCCACUGCCCAAAAAGAUUGCACGGCUGUAUUUGGUAUCAGAUGUGCUGUAUAACUCGUCUGCUAAAGUUACCAACGCCUCCUAUUAUAGGAAAUACUUUGAAACCAAACUCUGCCAGAUAUUUUCAGACCUACAUGCCACCUACAGAACAAUACAGGGCCACCUACAAUCAGAAAAUUUCAAGCAAAGAGUGAUGUCCUGCUUCCGAGCGUGGGAAGACUGGGCGGUGUACCCAGACCCCUUCCUGAUUAAACUGCAGAACAUCUUCCUGGGGCUGGUCAACCUGAAUGCAGAGAAGGAACCCCCUGUAGCCAUUCCUGAGGCGGAGCCCGCGGAAGACAUCGACGGGGCCCCCAUCGCGGAAGAGCUGGACGGGGCCCCACUGGAGGAUGUGGACGGGAUGCCCAUCGACGGAGCGCCCAUCGACGGAGCGCCCAUAGAUGGGGCGCCCAUCGACGGAGCCCCUCUUGACGACCUAGACGGGGUUCCCAUAAAGACCGUGGACGACGACCUUGACGGGGUUCCAUUGGAUCAGUCUGGGCAAAAGGAAGGUACCUUCAAAGUAGCACCUUCAAAAUGGGAAGCAGUGGAUGAGUCUGAACUGGAAGCGCAGGCUGUCACUACUUCGAAGUGGGAAAUCUUUGAACAGCCAGAGUCAGAGGAACUCAAAAAGGAAGAGGAGGAGAGCGAAGAUGAGGAUGACUCCAAGAGUUCCCGGUCGGAGGAACAGCAGUCGUACUCCAACCCCAUCAAGGACGACUCCUCUGACGGUAAAAUGGCAAAGUUCUCCGGGAUGAACGAGGAGAAGCGCACGAAGCUGCGGGAAAUCGAGGUUAAAGUGAUGAAGUUUCAAGAUGAGCUGGAAUCAGGAAAACGGCCCAAGAAAUCUGGACAGAGCAUUCAGGAACAAGUCCAGCAUUAUCGAGACAAGCUGUUACAAAAGGAAAAAGAAAAAGAGAAGCUUGAAAGGGAAAAAGAAAGAGACAAAAAAGACAAAGAGAAAACAGAGGUCCGUUCAAAAGAAAAGGAGAAGGAGGAUUCGUCACCAUCCAGAAAAGACAGGUGUGUGUCUCCCGCUGUGGUUGCCAGGAAACGCAGGCACAGCGGCUCCCCCAGCCCCGCCCGCAGCAGCGGGCGACGGGGGAAGUCCCCCUCCCCUCGCUCUGAAAGGUCGGACCGCUCCUACACAAAGGACAGCUCCAGGUCCCGCUCCUCGCACAAAGACUCCCCACGGAACAGCAGCAGGAAGUCCUCCAAAAGGUCACCGUCACCGCCCAGAACGCCCAAAAGGUCCCGGCGGUCACGGUCGAGGACACCGAAGAAAUCAAGCAAGAAGUCCAGGUCAAAGUCCAGAUCUCCACACCGAUCUCACAAAAAGUCCAAGAAGAGCAAGCACUGACGACUCAUGCCCUGGCCCAACCUCCUUCCCUCUUUCCACCCUCCACAGUGAUGUGUACAACCACAAUCAGCUCAACAGUGAUGUGUACAACUACAGUCAGCUCAACAAU